AUGGGUAAAGUACCAAAUAAAAAAAAAUAUAAAUCAGCAAAGUCUUCACCAAUUAUAAAUAAUGCUAGCAUUUUAGAAUCAAAUGAUAAUAACGACUUUCUAACACAAGCUUCGAGAAGCUCGGAUGUGCUCCCGGUUAUUAAGCAGGUCUGCCUCAGAAUUGCAAUGACCUCUUUCUCUCUUUAUUUUAUUUUAAUUUCUCAUUUGGCACUUGAACAACAGCUGUCUUCAGCUGAUCCUAUUGAACGCGCAUGGGCAGCAAGUUGUGUAUCCAACCUCAUAGCAGGCGAAGAAAAAAUUCGUCGUCUCUUAUUAUCAAAGAAUCUCAUAAGUUUGUUAAUAGAACGGUUAACGGAUGAUGUUUAUGAAGUAAUAUAUGAAAGUGUAGGUACAUUAAGAAACUUAACGGUUAUAGGGGAGUAUGAAAUAUGCGCUGAAAUGUUCAAUAAAGAUAUUCUGACCCCUUUAAUGAGUCUUAUUUCAAAGUUAUCUAUAAUUAUUGACAACAUGUUAAAAGGAAUUUCAUAUGAAUCUGAUCCAAUUAAAAAUGCAAGAAAUAAUUUAUGGAUUUUUGCAGAAAACAUUAUUUGUAUUAUAUGGGCUUUGAGUGAAACUUCACAGAAGAUACUCAGAGGAAUUAAUAAUAUGAAUAUAGUUCAUUUUCUAAUGGCUUUUUUUAUUAAUAUUGAAAAAAUUCCAAUAAAAACAGUCAUUGCUGCUG